AUGACUAACAGAGCGCUGCUGCUCGAUGCCUUUGACAACUUUUCCAAGGAGCUGAGUGAAGAAUACAAAAGAGCAAACGCUGUCCGCGUCUUUGAAUUCCAGGCUGCUAUUAAAAUACAGGCUUGGUUCCGCGCUGCUGUGUCAUUAUACAAAAAAAUUGGCGCGGUUAUUUGGGUAGAAAACGGUAUCGCUUCAUACUGUCAGAGGCAGUGCACAAAAUGCAUGCCAACGGAUAUCACAAUUGCGCAACAAAGAUCCAGAGCGCUUGGAAAGGCUACUACUCCAGAAAAUAUUAUUUCAAUUUCUACGCAAGAAAAGCUUACUUAG